CGUCAAACUCCAAUUGCUGCAAUAUGUAUGUCUAUAGACAUAAGGGGCAAACUGAUGAGGCGUUCUUGUGACAUGGACGUUCUUGAUUCAUUUUUUGUUCUCUUCAACUUUGAAAAAGACCGCUCUUCGCUGCAGUUAGUGACCAUUAGACACAGAAAAAUUCUUGUUGCAAUUUCCACAUUUGGGAAUGUUCCUUCCAGUUUGUUCCUUCUCAGGAGGCUAUGCAAGGCCGGAAUACUUUCAGCCGAUUCAUUUUUCAAGGUCAGCAGAUAAUGUGCCAAAUGUGAACAGUUCUCAGUUCAGCUUAAAUAAUAUAUUCUGCAUCAAUACAGUUGGAGUUAUAACGACUAGAUGGCACUGUUAGCGACUACUUUUAUGAAUAACAAGUGUAGUGGUCUAUGUGAUAGCUAGAUGGCGCAACACAUUGCAUAUAAGCAUAUGGCUU